AUGUCUCUUAUAAAUAUGGGCUGCGUAGAAUCUUAUAAAGAACAUGAAGAAAUUGACAUAUCUAAUGAUCCACCAAAAUUAACCAGAUCCGCUCUGAACAUGCUGUCAACAGAAGACCAAUUUGAUGACAUAGACUUAGAAUCUCCAAAGGAAUUUUAUAUUUCUCCACAAAGUGUAAAGGGUAAUGAUGAGUUUUCUGACCAUGAAUCGCUAGUCGGGACAGUUCGUUCAACCUGCGUUUCUUUUCAUAGAAACGAAAAUGAGUUGGCGUUUCUUAUUCCUUCGCCUAGGAUACGAAAACAAAGCGAUUUCCUAUAA